AUGUCUUCGCUGCAGGGCGUAGUGCAGGGCGCGGAAGCGGCUCUGCGUGUGCAAGAUGCGCAGCUUAUCGUGCACAGCGAGCAGACAGACAUUGUGAAUAUCCCGGUCGAGCUCGUACUCAACUCGGAGCUGUCCGUGGCGAACGGGCAGGCGAUCGCCACGAUCCAUUUCUUGGCGCCGUCUGUCAUGCGGGGCGUUUCGUGUGGCCCGGGAAAAGUCUACAGGCUGGACCGCGAGCGGUGGCGCAAGCGCAGCUCGGACCCACACAUGGCGCACCUCGAGCUCGGCAAGGUACAGGUGCGGAUGCCCGCGGCCCAGCAGCCGACCGCAGCCCAGUGGCUCGACGAGCUCAACGGCCUCGCCUACCCCUACGGGCCGGCCCGCCGCCGGAUUCUGGUGGUGUGCAACCCGGUGGGUGGCCAGGGUUUUGGCAAGCGUGCGCUGCGAAAGAUCGUCCUGCCAAUCCUCGAGGCGGCGGGGUGCAAGCUCACGACGAUCCUCACCAAGAAACGCCGCGACGCUUUCGUGGCCGCGCACGACAUUAACGUCCAGGACUAUGACGCUCUGGUAUGCGUCGGUGGCGACGGCACGGUGCACGAGAUCGUCAAUGGCCUGGCGGCCCGCGAGGAUGCGAUCGAUGCACUGCACCUGCCGCUGGUGCCGGUGCCGUGCGGCAGCGGUAACGGAAUGUUUGUGAGCUUGCACGGCGCAACGACGCUCAACGUCGCGCUUGCCUGCCUCAGUGCGCUGAAAGGGCGCGGCCACGUCCAGGAACUGUGUGUCGUCACGCAGGACGCAGCGCUCUUUCCGGAAAAGGAGACCAUCUACCCGAUCCGGGGCACGGGCGAAGGCGGCAAGGCGUACGUGCAGUACUACUCGUUUCUCUCGCAGGCGAUUGGCCUGAUGGCCGACAUCGACCUCGGCACCGAGCACCUGCGCUUCCUCGGCGACCUGCGUUUCUCGCUUUCGUACCUCUUCGGCGUCGUGUUCAACAAAAAGUGCGACAUUAACAUUGAGGUCUUUCUCGGGUCGCGGGGCGGGACGAACAAAGCACGUAUGCGCGCGCGCGCUCUGAGCGAGGCGCCGAGUGCCGUCGACGGCAUGACGCGCCCGGACAAUGUGCGCCGCCUCAAGUACGGCUCGGUGAUGGACACGGUCGAGCAUGUGGCCAAGCCGCUGCAUCUCUCGGAUGCAUCCGAAGGCGAGCCGAAUGCCCAAGAAGAGGCCAUGGCAGGGUGGCAGCAGGUGCCAGUCGCCGUGUCGAGUCUCUACUGCGGCAAGAUGCCCUAUGUCGCCCGCUCGUUCAUGGCAUUCCCUUACGCACUGCCGUCGGACGGCGCAAUGGAUAUCCUGAUCCAGAAGCAAAAUUCGACCACGCUCCAAAAGGUGUCGUCGCUUCUAGAUGGCGAGGCGGGCGACCACGUCUUUAACCCGAGCAUCCGCUACUUUAAAGUCGAGGCCUGUCGCGUGACGCCAAAGACAAAGGGAACGCAUCGCACAGGGUACUUGUCGAUCGAUGGCGAACGGGUGCCGUACGCCCCAUUCCAAGUGGAAGUGUCGCCGCUUAGUCUGCAGCUCCUUUCGUUGGACGACGAGGAGUGGAAGGCCCCGAUUCUGCAUCCCCCGGCCGUGCGCCAACAUGAGGCACGCAGGCCCAGUAAAUAA